CUGUGGGCCUCAGUUUCCGCGUAGACGGCGCUUCGUCGAGACGUGCCACUGAGUCUCAGAAUCGUCCGCGCGAGGUGUGCAGUUGAGUGGAUCGUUGUGCGAAAAUUGACAGAGCAUGCGCACUUGUGAUAAGUGAAAUUUACGAUUGUGUUUGUGCAAGUUUUCUUAAAGUAGUUCAAAAAUUUUUGCUUUUUAUGAUAGUAGAAGUGCUUAUGAUAAAAAUAUAUUUUUAAAUGGAUUUUCGAAAUGUAUUUUUAUUUUUAAUUCGACAGUACAAAUGAAUGCAUGACACACUGAAAGAAUUACGAACUAUAAAAACAAAAAGCUACAGGUGCAUGACCUUGAAAGCCCAGCAAGAGGAAAAAUAGGCAGGACAAGCUUUAAAGAAGAGUGGAGAAGCAGUUCCAAGCACGAUGUCGGUCGCACGCAUCGCGCUUUUCGUCUCUUUCGUUACGUUGGGUAUCCUCUCGCAUCAGCUGACCUCCUGCAUCAAGGUAUCCGUAGACUUGCCGAUCAACGUGUCGACGAGCACUACCACCAUCCAAGACUACGAGGAUCUCGAUACAGUCAAUCUGAGCGACGCCGAGAUUCGCGAACGUUACCGUCGACUCAUUCCCUACAUGACCUACUACGUUCUGAACAACUACCUCCAGCAACCGCAGCACAAACCCGUGGCUGCACCUGUGUCUCCACAUCCCAGACCAGCUGCUAAGCAACGGUACAACCUCCAGCCCCCGCAGAGGCCUAUGAUACCGGAGACCGAGAGGUUCGUGCCAUCGGUGCAGUACAACCCGAAGGAAAUCGGUUCUGAGCGAGAAGUCGAUUAUUUCGUACCUGUGAGGUAUAACAAUGGGCCAAAGGAGCAGACGACGCAACAGCAGAUUCUGCCGGCUUACGAGGAUUACGGGGCUGUGAGGACGGUUCGACCGCCGCCUAUGACUAUCACUGUCCCGGAGACGCGCUACCGCACGAGCCCGAGACCAUCGACGAGCUUCGCUCCCCAGAAGCUCAAGCUCAGUCCGCUCGCCAAGUACCAACAAUCCCAGCAGCCACCCUUGGACUACAGUCUCUACAAUCAAGCGGCCGCGGAGGAAUUCGAAUCCGUUCGCUUCACUACUCCACGACCUCAACCAGCUCUGAGAUACCCCCCGCAGCAACCAGUAGCACCGAGACCGACUGUCCUCGAACCUGUACCGCUGCAAGCUCACGUGAGUCUCAACAACGUGCUGAAGAGCUUGCAGCUGACUAACCAACUACCCGAAGUUCUCAGCAAGGACAACAUUGACAGCAGCAUCAAGACGCUUGUUGAGAUACUCAAUAUUCUCAACUUGGGCAAGAAGCAGCAGAACUAUGCGCCAGCGUACCAGAAGCCCGUAUACACAAAACCAAAAGUCAUCACGGAAUCGAACUAUCAAGCCACGCAGCUCUCGGUGACUCCGCACAACGAGCUGGUCCAGAUCAACCCGGCGAGCACCUACAUAAACCAUAUAAAGUCACAAAUGCUAGCGCCGAUACCAGCUGCUCCGCUUCCCCAUCACGAAGAUCGGAUCGAAGUCAAACCGUUGAGACCGUACGUCCAGCCGCAGACCGAAGCUCCCGUUCCUCCCAGGCCACCCGUGAACGACAAGAUCAUCGAGUACUACGUCCCGAUUGUCCAGGACAUCGACGAGGAGAAACCGACGUAUAAUCCAGUCAAGGAACACAACACAGAGCAAUCUACCGUCGGAGACUACCGCGUGGAGGAGCACCGCGACGAGAUCCUGGAGGACGAGAGGUUCAGUUUGCCGGUGAACACCGAAUCACCGACACAGGGCGUCGCGCCACCGUCGCUCAAGUACGGAGCUACCCGUGGCAAACCGCACAUCGACUACCCAGCCUACACCGACAUACCCGAGACAAACUUCAAUUGCAAGCAGCAACGCUACAAGGGCUUCUUCGGCGACCCCGAGACCGGCUGCCAGGUGUGGCAUUACUGUGAUUUGAACGGCGGAAAAUCCUCUUUCCUCUGUCCCAACGGCACUAUCUUCAGUCAGGUGGCUCUCACCUGCGACUGGUGGUUCAAUGUCAAGUGCGAAUCGACGACGCAACUGUACGUCCUCAACGAGCGGCUUUACAAAUACAUCCUGCCAGUAGUGCCCAAGUUCCCCGAGGACUUCAGCGGACCCGAGGUAGACAAAUAUCUCCAGCUUAAAUUCCGUGAGAUGGAAGCCAAGAUGAAGGAGAAAAAAAAGAAAAAGACGGAGGAGAAGGACAAGGACGCCAUUAACACCCUGCAGUCCAUCGAAGACGCCAAGUAAUCUGCAAGAAGAUUUGUCUAGGAUCUCGGUUAGCAAUUUCAUUGGUCAUUGUCGCGCUGAACGGAAGUGAAGUAAUUUUUGGAUUUUGUUUCUAACGAUUGUGUCUCUUGCUCAUCCCUCAUUCGGUUUUCUCUAUUUAAUAACAAAAUUAUUUAAUAUUUAUUGACUGAAGCUACUAACUUUCACGAGCGUCACUUCUGUUUUUAAUGUAAUUUAUCGCUAUACAUCGUUGCCAUUAGAAUGUGCAAAGGCGAAGGGAAACUCAAAGACUUGUGCAUAAGGAAAAAAGAGUGUAAGAAUUUCUACUACGCCUCUAGUCAUAUUUUUGUCCUUUAGUUUUAGAAAUGAGACUACUGUAUUCUCCAUCCGUUACAGCACUCUUAAUGAAAUAGUUGGAUGGAUGUAAUCUUCUUUUUUUUUUUAUUUUUGAUUCACUGAUGAUUAAGCAAGUAUUUGUGAAAAUUUUAAACACACCGAUGUGCCUAAUACACUAAUUAAUAAAAUAUACUGGCAAUAAGUAUAGGCUAAAUGUAGACAGCAGGUAACGAGUGCUGUUGUACUUUAAGAGGCGUAUAAUGCUCUUGAUAAUUUAAACAAAGUUGUUUGUGUAUUGACACUCUCACUUUUGUUAUUAAUUUGUUGAAUAAAUAUAUUUAUUCAUUUUGUA